GACAAACACGUCUCCAAACGUUAAGAAGUCCAACACUUGUGUACACAAUACCAAGUUUGAUAGGAUAUGCAUGACAAUGGAACACCACAGUGGAUGACACAGUUACACCACACAACAGGUAGAUGGUGGACGAAAUAAGUGUUGUUUCACGUGAAAUAUAAAUAAAUAGCAGUUUAGCUCACUUACAUAAAAUAUCUAAUUCUCUAAUUGUUAGAUAUUCCUUCCAUACUUGAUAAAUAUCUUAUUAGAAUCAUACCGACGUAUGAUUCCGUUGAUUCAAGAAGGUAGACAUCAGUUGCAUAGAAUGUAUAGUCAACCUUACGAAGAAGAUUCUCCUAUUCCUCUAAUAACUAACUAUACAGUGAUAAAAGAGACUGAUCUAGAUGAUAAAAGGGAAACAGAGGAACGCGUGCUGUUAGAAAUAGGACGGCCAGAUGACAAGCCCAAAGAGGAACACACGUUUUCUCACAAGAAAUAUGACAAGACGACAUCGCAUCACAGGUCAUAUGUGUUGGAGGACUAUGCGGAACCAAGGCGGAUAAGUUUCUUUAGGCCACACGAAUUGGAAUCUCCACAAAGUGGGUCCAGAUACUAUGAGAGCGAGGAGUACCGAGACGUCGCCCUGUUGGACGCCAGCAAGUCACCGGUAGAGUUCUCGCAGGAGUCGCAGGACGCUAGCAAGUGUUCCGACGACCAGCAGGAUGUGACGUUGAACUGGAAGGAGAGAGCUUUGCAAAUGGAGAAAGAAUACAAAAAGACAGCGUGUGACAGAGAAAGGACGCGAAUGAAAGAUAUGAACCGCGCGUUUGAUCUGCUGCGGUCCAAACUGCCUAUCACUAAGCCAUCCAAGAAGAAGUAUUCAAAAAUUGAGUGCUUACGGAUAGCCAUUUGCUACAUAAGGCACUUGGAAUUCUUGCUCGCGGGUGGCUCUGCUGAAGACAGUCCCAUAUUCUUCGACCCUCAGUCGGAUACCACGGAGUUGAGGCGAAGGCAUCGAUAUUGACUAUGACCAUGACUAAAGCCGGAUUUACAUUUGUCUGACGUGUCGUGUCGUCACACAUCAGAACUGAAUCGGUAUCAUACGUCAGACAAAUGUAAAUCCGGCUUAACUGUAACUACCUACAGGUAGGGUUGCCAAGCCCAAUAGCCGGACAGACUAGUCAGUUUAGUCGGACAUUAGGGUGAAAAGGCCGGACAUUUUCACAAGGACACAUUAUUGAGGAUUUUGUGUAGUGUAGGUAUUAAUGGUACGACAAAAAAAUCUACGUAAAAUAAGCUUUUUUGACUAUUAUUAUAAAUAUUGUUGAAUUGUAAUAAAAUAACGUCGAACCGGUUUAAGUAAUUUAUUAUUAAUCAUUCAAAUGA